AUGAGCACAGCUACUUCUACAAAGCGGACGUGGUACCGCACUACGUUCUUCAACAUCUCGGUGGUCUCCCUUUGCGCUUUUAUUGCACCAGGACUGUGGGCGGCUAUGAACGGUCUUGGAGGAGCAGGGGCCGCAGACCCGCACUACGUCAACGCAGCCAAUUCAGUCAUUUUCUGCCUGCAAGUCCUGGUUUGCCUAAUCGGUAGCGCUAUGAUUGCAAAGAUCGGACUGAAGUGGGCUUUAGUUCUCGGCAUGGUAGGCUUCCCAAUCUACGCGUCUAGUGUAUAUUGCAAUAUCAGGUACAACAAUACCUGGUAUAUCAUGCUGGCCUGCGUUAUCGACGGGAUGUCAUCAGGCAUCUUCUGGCUCACUGAAGGGGCCAUUGUCCUAGCUUAUCCUGAGAAACAUCGCCGAGGUAAGUAUCUGGCCUUUUGGCUAGGGAGCCGAAUCGUUGGCCAGAUGAUCGGUGGGUCGGUCACCCUGGGAGUCAACGCUGGGAAUCGUGAAAAGGGACAUAUAAGUGUGAAGAUAUACUUUAUUUUCAUCUCAAUACAGGCCUUGGGACCCUUUGUGGCGGCUCUGCUCUCAUCUCCUGACAAGGUCCAACGAUCGGACAGGUCCCCAGUGUCACUUGAUCUGCCCAGGAGCUUGAAGGCCGAACUGAACAUAAUGUGCAAGUUGCUUUGUCGGAAAGAGAUCCUCCUACUCCUACCCAUGAUCAUCCAGAGCGCAUUCUCCGAAGCCUUCUUCUCCACCUACAACGCAACAUAUUUUACGGUGCGAUCUCGUGCCCUUGCCUCCCUGGUAGCUAGUACGUGUGUGAUUAUCGCGAACUUCAUGUUAGGGUUCUUCCCGGACUGGAAAAGACCAACCGUCAAUACUCGAGCGAUAGUAGCAUUCGUGCUAAUAUACGCCUUCGAACUAUCUUUUUACAUAUACGCCAUGGUCGUAACCAAGGAGUACGAGAGAAGAGACACCCCUCCAGUCCUUGACUGGGCAGACGAUGGAUUCGGUCGCGGUGUCUGCGUCUAUAUAUUGAUGCUGGUUGGGUUUAAUCUCAUGUACGAAUAUCUCUACUGGCUGAUUGGAACAGUCAACCGCAGUGGUGGCGAUAUUGUGCGACUCAGUGCUGUUGUUCGAGGCGUUGAAAGUGCCGGGCAAGCGAUAUCGUAUGGCAUCAACUCGAUUGACCAAGCACGCUUCCCACUCUCUGGGGCCGUUGCUGUCAACUUGUCAUUCUUUGCGGCGUGCAUUAUUCCCUCGGCCUUUGCUGUUUUCAGGGUUGGCAUCAUAAACGGCGUCAAGGUUUACAGGAGCCAGCAGGGCGAAAACGUCCACGUCGAUGGUGGGAGCAUUGAGGGGAGAGUAUCCAACAGUAGCUCUCAUGAUAUACAAGAUACACAUAUGGUCAAGUGA